GAUACCCCUACCCAGGAUAGGUGCAUUUGUUGCAUUUGUUGCAGAAUGGACACCAGAUUCCAAAUUGUUUUUCUUACUUUGUGAUCAAUCAGGUGGUGAGACUGUGCUACAUUUGGGCGGAGUGACCAACAUACGACUCGUUUUGCUAGCUCCCUCCCCCUUUCUCCCCCGACCCCCCUUUGCUCUUGUUGCUGAUGCUUUCUUGCUCCCCUGCUUCUUCAGCUCGUGCAUAGGCUUACCAAUGAGGUGGAUGCUGCUCGCGCAGCAGCCCCCGUUUCCUGCAUUUACCACUGAAGAUAAAUACCAUUCAAUGCAGCAAAGAACAAGAAAAAAAAAAAAACUUUCGCCUUCAAAGCCAAGAAAAUAUCGCAAUACGGACUCAUCACAUCAAGAUGCUAUAUCUUGUGCAAAAUACUCAUGAGGUCUUGAAAAUUUAAAGAGCUAUGCUUAUCAGGUGCUUAAGAGACACAUGGGAAUUCUAGGUAUUUUGUGACAUAACAAACUGGAUAAAGAUGAACCUUACCAAUAAAACACCAGACCUGGUAGAUGAAAGCCCAGCGUCUGCCAAUGCCACACUAGACGAGCAAUUCUCAAAUAGGACAUUUAUUCACACUGCUACCCUGGUUAUCUGUACUUUUCUACUGGUCAUUAUAUUCUUCCUGGGGUCCUAUGGGAACUCGAUAGUCUUCUUAUCGUUCUUUGACCCAGCCUUUCGAAAAUUCAGGACCAACUUUGAUUUCAUGAUCCUGAACCUGUCCUUCUGCGAUCUGUUCAUCUGUUGCGUCACGGCGCCGAUGUUUGCCUUUGUCUUGUUCUUCGACACCGGCAGCAGUGUCUCCAAGGAGUUUUGCUUCACAUUCCACUUGACCAGUUCUGGGUUUAUUAUAAUGUCUCUCAAGACCGUAGCCGUCAUCGCUCUCCAUCGCCUGCGCAUGGUGCUCGGCCAGCAGCCUGACAGAACAGCCUCCUUCCCUUGCACGUUGAUGCUCACCAUCCUUCUGUGGACCACAAGUUUUACCCUGGCCACCUUGGUUACACUGAGGACUUACCCCUGUCAGUCCAAGGUUUGCCUGCCACACUUUGGGCUGAUAAGCGGGGACGGCAAAAUUAUACUCUACCUGUAUCUCACUGACUUCGCCUUUUGCGUGGGGAUUGUCUCUGUGUCUUAUGUUAUGAUAGCCCAGGCAUUAAGAAAGAACGCUCAAGUAAGGAAAUGCCCCAUAAUAACUGUAGAUGCCUCCAGACCUCAGCCCGUAAUUGCCACUGGCUUUGAGGGUAUGCAGUGCACUGUGCCUGCCUUGUACAGAAACCAGAAUUAUAACAAACUGCAGCAUGUGCAGACGCACCCCUAUACCAAAAAAAUGAGCCGGGGCCCAAUGCCAGGGGGCAAGGUCCAGUUGGUGUCCUCGGUCAACCUGGCCACGGUGAAGGACUCCAAAGCUGUGGUCACAUGUGUGGUCAUAGUCCUCUCGGUCUUGCUCUGCUGCCUCCCAAUGGGAAUCUCCUUAAUCCAGGGUGUUCUCUCGCCAAACAGCAGCUUCAUCCUGUACCAGUUUGAGCUCUGUGGAUUUACCCUGAUUUUUCUCAAAUCGGGCAUAAACCCCUUUAUAUAUUCACGCAACAGUGCCGGCCUCAGGCAGAGGGUACUUUGGUGCAUCCAGUACGUUGCUCUAGGCUGCUUCUGCUGUAAACAGAAGACCAGGCUCAGAGCUAUGGGCAAAGGAAGUCUGGAGGUCAACAGGAACAAGUCCUCCCACCACGAAACAAACUCUGCCUACGUGUUGUCUCCCAAACCCCAGAGGAAGUUAGUUGACCAAGCAUGUGGCCCUAGCCACUCUAAAGAUAGUGUAUUGAGCCCCAAGGCUACUGGUGGCUACCAGCCUCAUGCCCAGAGCAGCUCAACACCUAUCAACACUCGCAUUGAGCCUUACUACAGCAUUUACAACAGCAGUCCAUCACAAGAGGCUAGCUCCCCAGACAGCCUGCAGCCUGUCAACUCCACCUUCGGAUUUACCAAGUCAUACGUCGCCAUGCACUACCAUACAAGGAAAGACUUGAUACAGGACUAUGAGAGUACUUCAGCAAGGCAAAUACCAGUGCCAUCAGUGUAACAGUGUCACAGCAGCAUAGCAGACAGGGUCAGAAGAACAUUCACUUCCUUUAUCCAUAAAUGCUUUUGUAUGCUAUUUUAUUUAUCUGAAUGAAUGUAUUUCCAUGUCGUCGUUAUGGUAGGGGGGUGUGCUGCCUUAUUGAAAUGCAAUAUAUAUAUAUAUAUAUAUAUAUAUAUAUAUAUAUAUAUAUAUAUAUAUAUAUAUCCUGAAGUAUUAUUAUUAGCCAGUCUGUUUUGUUACGACUGCCAGAUUCUAUUUUACAUGUGUGUCACAUUUUUCAUCAUAAACUCCUUGUAUAAUCAAAUGGCAUCUUUUUCUUCAUACGGAUUGUAUUUGUGGAAUUCUCAUACAUUGUCUAUUUACUAAUGUAAUGUAUUACAGAUGCAUUUCCUGUUGAAACAGUGUUUCUGAAGUUUUUAGUCUGUUAUAUAUUAAUAAAGAUUGCCUCCAUAA